AUGGAAAUCUUCGCUGCUCAGUGUCGUGCCUGGCAUGGCCGGCUGGCCUCCGGCGUCAGUAGCAUCAUUGCUCAUGACGCCGGCCUUCUUGAAAAGGUAAGCCCACUGCGAGCAACAGUCGAUGAUCGAGUCCGAUCUACGGACGCGCAAAGGCGCAGUCAUCAUAUGGUAAGGUUCAAGCCAGGUUUGUGGUGCUCUCAGCCCAGAGUGUACCUAGGUCGUAAAGUGCUCAGAGAUUCCCAGUGCAGGGCAGCAAGUCUACUCAAACACUCAGGGCGCACCACAGACAAGACAGCAAGUAACGCUGGCUCUGUGGAUGUGCGGUAUUUAUGA